AUGGACAGCACGGAUUCAUCAUCAGCCUCUCACCACCCUCAUCUCCCUCCUGGGUUUCGCUUCCACCCCACCGACGAAGAACUCGUCGUUCACUACCUCAAGAGAAAAGCUGCUUCUGCACCCCUUCCCGUCGCCAUCAUCGCCGACGUUGAUCUCUACAAGUUCGACCCUUGGGAGCUCCCAAGUAAAGCAACGUUUGGUGAACAAGAGUGGUACUUUUUCAGCCCAAGGGAUCGGAAAUACCCAAAUGGGGUUAGGCCGAACAGAGCUGCUACUUCUGGUUAUUGGAAGGCCACUGGAACUGACAAGCCUAUACUAACAUCUGAUGGGCACCAGAAAGUUGGGGUUAAGAAAGCACUGGUUUUCUACGGUGGAAAGCCUCCAAAAGGGGUUAAAACCAAUUGGAUCAUGCAUGAGUAUAGGCUUGUUCAUGAUUCUUUCAAUUCAACCUCAAAACCUCCUCCUCUUGUUCCUCCAAACAAGAAAAAUUCCCUCAGGCUGGAUGAUUGGGUUUUGUGCCGAAUAUACAAGAAAAGCAACAGCAGCACCUUAACAAGACCACCCUUGAUGGAGCAUGAAGAGGAGCUUUCAAUGGAGAACAUGCUUCCAACCAUGUCAACUUUGUCAAUGGCUACUAAUACUACGCAAAAUUCUAAACCUUCGAGGGGUACCAGUUAUGGACCACUAGGACUUGAAAAUGAUGACAACUUCUUCGAUGGGAUCUUAGCCGUUGAUAAUAAUAGCAUGCAAAGCGGUUCUGAUUCUCACCUUUUCUCUCCAAACUCAAAGGGUAGCAACUUCCCUGUGAAACGUGCACUCACAUCACAACAACUUUGGAACGAGACAGGGUCUCCAGGGUCAUCUUCUUCCUGCAAGCGAUUCCAUGGUGAUCUUAACAGUGGAAGCAGCAACGCUGAGGAGAACGAUUCCUUUGUUUCCUUGCUCAGCCAGUUUCCUCAGAACGCAACUUUCCAACCAAACGCGAUUCAUGGCUCCGGUGGGGAUGGUGCGCAGAGACAACAACAGUUUCAACUUCCUGGGAUAAAUUGGAACUGA